AUGGAGUUACAAAUUGUUAAUUCUAUUCCUUUUCCAACUACUUUAUUUUUGACCAAAAAAUCACAACAACCUGCAAGUUCAAUGAUUUCAAAUGCUGAAAUUGAGUAUAUUGAUAAUGAGUCUAAUAAAAAUCAGAUAAUGAAUUUGAAGAGCAAUUGGAUCUUUAUAAGAGCAAGACAUGUUGAAGAAGAUGCAAUUAAGUAUGAAGUUUCAAGAACAUUCUUAUGUCAACAUGCUGAAAAAUUGUCAAAUGAAUAUAAAUUGUAUAAAACUGAAAAAUCUAAUUUAUAUUGA